CUCACAUUACCAGCGAUAAGGGGCAUUACCCAUAGAUUACCACUAGAAGUGUCUGCUUAAAUAGUUGCACAAGGUACUCUCUCCGUCAUUUCGUCGUACCAACCAACUGAAACCACUGAAAAAUGCGGACCAUAAUAGCAAUCAUUCUGGCAUCGUUUGUUGCAUACGCAGCGACUCAAACCGCAUCCUGGUGGCCGAGGCAGACCACCCCAAAUUACGCCACUUUUUGCAAGCAGGUGGGGUAUACUUGUAAAAACUGCAAAGAGGUUGUCAUCUGCAUACAAUAUGGUAAUCGCUUCUCGGAGUAUCCCAUAGAGUCGUGUGGUGGCAACAGCACCUGUUCAAAUGGCAUAUGCACUAUUGGUCCAAACCCAAAUUGCGACCCAGUGGAUGAGGUGAACAAUGCUACCUUCAGAUGUCGUACAACGGGAAUGUAUCCAGAUCCAUUCGACGCUCAGCUCUUCCACUACUGUGUAAAGGCAGAUUAUCCAAACGAGAAAGAUGAAGUUUUGGACCACUACGAAGAGCGAUGCGAUUGUGAUCACGUCUACAAUCCAAGAACGACAUUUUGCGAUAGACCAAUCAGUCGCGACAACCGCAACACUUCGAUUCCCAAGUGCAAGUAUCAGGGGGAAUCUGGAUAUUUAAAAGAAAAUCCGAGCUUGUACUACAUUUGCCAGUAUCAUUAUGAGUCUUUGUAUCCGUUCCAAUAUAAGUGUGACAAUGGGAAAAGGUACAAUCCAUAUCUGUACCUGUGUGAAUACAUAAACUAGUUCAUUAUUCAUUACUCAAAUAAAUAAAAAAUUAUUGCAUUUUGAA